AUGUUGACAGUGAAACUUGGUUCACCAAAAAAAAGUAUUGCUAAACCAAUCAUACUGGACAAUGGUAUUGCUGGCCUUCUCCCAGAUAUUACUCAACCUAAAUCUAAACUCAAAGAAGUUUCUUCAAAAGGUCAAAAGGGUCUGUUGUGUACAGCAUACACUGAUGGCUAUACAGCGUACUCUGAUGGCUAUACAGCAUACUCUGAUGGCUAUACAGCACACUCUGAUGGCUAUACAGAAUACUCUGAUGGCUAUACAGCAUACUCUGAUGGCUAUACAGCACACUCUGAUGGCUAUACAGCAUACUCUGAUGGCUAUACAACACACUCUGAUGGCUAUACAGCAUACUCUGAUGGCUAUACAGCAUACCCUGAUGGCUAUACAGCAUACCCUGAUGGCUAUAUAGCAUACUCUGAUGGCUAUAUAGCAUACUCUGAUGGCUAUAUAGCAUACUCUGAUGGCUAUACAACACACUCUGAUGGCUAUAUAGCAUACUCUGAUGGCUAUAUAGCAUACUCUGAUGGCUAUAUAGCAUACUCUGAUGGCUAUAUAGCAUACUCUGAUGGCUAUACAACACACUCUGAUGGCUAUAUAGCAUACUCUGAUGGCUAUAUAGCAUACACUGAUGGCUAUACAGCAUACUCUGAUGGCUAUACAACACACUCUGAUGGCUAUACAGCAUACUCUGAUGGCUAUACAGCAUACUCUGAUGGCUAUAUACAUACUCUGAUGGCUAUACAGCACACUCUGAUGGCUAUACAUCAUACUCUGAUGGCUAUACAGCAUACUCUGAUGGCUAUAGCAUACUCUGAUGGCUAUAUAGCGUACUCUGAUGGCUAUACAGCAUACACUGAUGGCUAUACAGCAUACUCUGAUGGCUAUAUAGCAUACUCUGACGGCUAUACAGCAUACACUGAUGGCUAUACAGCGUACCCUGAUGGCUAUACAGCAUACUCUGAUGGCUAUAUAGCAUACUCUGAUGGCUAUAUAGCAUACUCUGACGGCUAUACAGCAUACACUGAUGGCUAUACAGCGUACCCUGAUGGCUAUACAGCAUACUCUGAUGGCUAUAUAGCAUACUCUGAUGGCUUCACAGCAUACUCUGAUGGCUUCACAGCAUACUCUUGA